AACCUAAUAUGUCUGAAGAACAAAGGGAUGAUGCUGCAAAAAAGAUUGAGGAACUUAACAAAAAAAUUUCAGAUUUAUUGGAAGAGAAAACAAAAUUAUCAAGUACAGUAGAACGUUUGCAAGCUGAUUAUGGAAAAUUAAAAACUGACCAUUCGAAUGCAAAGGAAGAAGCUGCAAAACAAAUAAAUAGUCUUGAAGAAGAAGUUGGUCAACUUAGCGAACAAUUAUCACUUGCCCGUAAUCAGGGUGACGAAUUAAUUGCUGAAUAUGAAAGAGAAGGUAAGAAAUUGGAGCCUCGUCUUAAACAACUAGGUGAACAAAACAGAAAUUUGGAGAAGCAAACGAGACACUUGGAAGGUCAAAGGAAUGAAUUGCAAUCACGUAGAGAUUGUUUGACUUUAGAGAAGGAAAAACUUUUAUCACAACUUGAAGAUCUAACAAAGAGUAUAGAUCUUCUUGGCAAAAGUGUAAAUUCUACAAAAGAACGUUAUGAGGCUAAAAAUGCAGAGGUUUCAAAGCAAAAUUUAAUAAAAACUGCCAUAAACCCUACGGAUAAUGUAGAUAAACUGAAGUUAGAUAUUGAUCAAUUACAAUCUGAGAAUGACAUGCUCAAGCUUGAAAAUACAAAAUUAGUUGAAGACCUACAAAAGUCCAACGACAAAAAUCAACGAUUAGAAAUUCAAUUAAGUGAAAUGGUCGAUGUGGUACAGAAUGCUUCUGAUGAAUUAGACUCUAAAUCAGCUGAGAUAACACAACUUCGUAAUGGUUCGUUAAACCUAGAAACUGAGGAAGAAAAAAGAUUAAUGCUUUUGGAAAGUGAAGUAGAAGAACAAUUUCAAACUUUAAAAAAUACCUUAGCUGCAUUGAAUAUGACUGGAAACGCUAAUCAAAAUAAUACAAAUCAAAGUGAUCAACAAAAUCUUCAAUCACAACUUCAAGAAUUGUGUGGCCUUUUACAAACUGAAAUAAAUGUCAAUACGUCUCUUCGAGCUGCUCUUAAAGAAACAAAAGUUGCAUCAUUAAAUAAAGAGGAAAUGAUGAAGAAAAGAAUUGAAGAUUUAACCACUCAAUUAAACACCGUGUCAGAACACGUUCAAAUAUAUAAAAUUCGGGCAGAACAUGUUGAAGCAAAAUUACAACAAACAGAAAUAUCUCUUAAAAAAAAAAUUGAAAACGAAGAAAGCUUGCGAAAAGAAUGGAAUGUAAUGGUUGAAGAGCAUGCUAAAGACUUGGAUGCUCUGAAACAUAGGUGGGAUGAAGAGCGAACGAUACUGAAAGCAUCUAGCACAAAAACUAAAGCGUAUCAAUUAGCAGAGUUGGAACUGAAUCACAAAGAGCUAGGAGAUUCAUGGAAACAAGAAAAGGAAACGUUAAAUAAAAAAUUACGCUUGCAAAAAGAUUCAUAUGAAAGAGAAAUAAGAUCUUUACAAAAG